AAAAUACAAACGUUUUUGCCUGUGAUUGUCAACAGGAUAGUGUGAAAUUUUUAUUUUUAACAUUCACCACCUUUGAGUAUUUUCAAAAUGUCAGAUGGUGAAGAUGAUUUUAUGUGCGAGGAAGAAGAAGAUUAUGGUCUCGAAUACUCGGAAGAUUCAAAUUCUGAGCCUGAUGUUGACUUAGAAAAUCAAUAUUAUAAUAGCAAAGCGUUAAAGGAAGAUGAUCCAAAGGCAGCUCUACAAAGUUUUCAAAAAGUUUUGGACUUAGAAGGAGGCGAGAAGGGAGAAUGGGGCUUCAAAGCUUUGAAGCAAAUGAUAAAAAUUAAUUUUAAAUUGGCUAAUUAUAAGGAAAUGAUGGUCAGGUACAAACAAUUAUUAACUUAUAUCAAAAGCGCAGUUACCAGAAACCAUUCAGAAAAGUCUAUAAAUUCCAUAUUAGAUUACAUUAGUACAUCAAAGAAUAUGGAAUUGUUACAAGAUUUUUAUGAAACUACAUUAGAUGCAUUAAAAGAUGCUAAAAAUGAUAGGUUAUGGUUUAAAACUAAUACAAAAUUGGGGAAGUUGUACUUUGAUCGAUCAGACUUUAAUAAAUUAGCCAAAAUAUUGAAACAACUUCAUCAAAGUUGCCAGACCGAUGAUGGAGAGGAUGAUUUGAAAAAAGGAACACAACUCUUAGAAAUUUAUGCAUUAGAGAUACAAAUGUACACUGCACAAAAGAACAAUAAGAAAUUAAAAACUUUAUACGAACAAAGCUUACACAUUAAAAGUGCUAUACCACAUCCAUUAAUAAUGGGAGUGAUUAGAGAGUGUGGAGGCAAAAUGCACUUGAGAGAGGGGGAAUUUGAAAAAGCGCACACUGAUUUCUUUGAAGCUUUUAAAAAUUAUGAUGAGUCUGGAUCACCAAGGCGAACUACAUGUUUGAAAUAUUUAGUUCUAGCAAAUAUGCUAAUGAAAUCUGGUAUAAAUCCAUUUGAUUCCCAAGAAGCAAAACCAUAUAAAAAUGAUCCAGAGAUUUUAGCUAUGACAAAUCUAGUGGUCAGUUAUCAAAAUAAUGAUAUUAAUCAAUUUGAACUAAUUUUAAAACAAAAUAGGAAUAAUAUAAUGGAUGAUCCUUUUAUAAGAGAGCACAUUGAAGAUUUGCUACGGAACAUACGUACUCAGGUGUUGAUUAAACUAAUAAAACCAUACACUAGAAUUUAUAUUCCGUUCAUAAGCAAAGAAUUAAAUAUCGACGUGUCGGAGGUUGAAAGCCUGUUAGUGUCUUGCAUUUUGGAUAAUACUAUUCGAGGUCGUAUCGAUCAGGUGAACCAAGUUCUAGAAUUGGAUAAAAAGUCAGUAUGCGCAGCGCGUUACUAUGCUCUCGAUAAGUGGACGAGUCAGUUGCAUUCUUUGCAUUUAGCCAUAGUAAAUAAAAUGUCGUAAGGAGUAUGGUGUGCGUGAUGCAAAAUAAAAACGAUUUCUAAACA